AUGGCGAUCGACCACGACUCCCCGCUCAAGGAGCCUGGCCUCAAGCACCGCAGGAUCACGGAAGGUGACGGCGAUGAGCCGGAUGCUGCGGGGUCGGAGUCGGAGUCGGAGGAGCGGGUGGUGUCGGCGGCGCACGGCGAGCGGGGGCCUCGGUGGCUGCGCGUCCUGCUGACGGCGCGCUUCUACACAACCUGCGAGGCGCACUCCCACACGCGCCGGGGCGGCGAGCGCACCAUGUUCUGCCUCGACUGCGCCGCCGCCGCGGGCGCCGGCGCGCUCUGCGGCCUGUGCGCCGGCCACGCCCACCUCGGCCACCGCGUCAUCCAGAUCCGCCGCUCGUCGUACAGCAGCGUGGUCCGCGUGUCGGACGUCCGGGGGCUCGUGGACAUGGACGGCGUGCAGACCUACGUCAUCAACGGCGCGCGCGUCGUCUUCCUCAACGAGCGCAGCCUAGGGCACGGCCACAGCCGCCUCAAGGGCAUCCACUACGCCUGCGUCACCUGCCGCCGCGGCCUCCGCGACGCCUGCUGCUUCUGCUCCCUCGGCUGCAAGGCCGCCGCCGACGGCAGCACCUACUCCUACUCCCCGUCCCCGUCCCUGCUGUGCAAUGCCUAUGACCAGAGCUGCACGCCGCCGACACCGCUGCUCGCGAUGCCGCUGCACCGGCGCAAGGGCAUUCCACACCGGGCACCCUUCGGCAACCUCGUCGUCUGA